AUAUUUUGCCCUCAUUUCACCCCAACAAAGUGAAAUUAAAAUUAAAUUAAAAAAAUUAAAAAAAAUCAUCUUCAACAACUCAUCUUCCACCAUCCAUCGUUCUGUCUCCGUUGCGACAAGAACAAAUUCAAAACCCUCGUUUCGCCUGAGCAAAUCACAGAGAUGCAAUCGACGAGCAGAGCUGAAGCAGAGCGCUUGCUCGGAAUCGCGGAGAAGCUCUUACAAGGCAAAGAUCUAAAUGGGUGUCGAGAUUUCGCUCUUCUAGCACAAGAGACUGAGCCGUUGCUCGACGGUUCCGACCAGAUCUUGGCCGUUGUUGACGUACUCAUCGCCGCCGACAAACGGAUCAACAACAACCCUGACUGGUACGGCAUCCUUCAGCUUGAUAGUCGCCGGAACGAUGACGACCUCAUUAAACGCCAGUAUCGUCGGCUUGCCCUUCUUCUGCAUCCAGAUAAGAAUAGGUUCCCUUUUGCCGAUGCAGCGUUCAAACUCGUCGCAGAUGCGUGGGCUUUGUUGUCGGAUGCAUCGAGGAAAUCUGCUUAUGAUAACGAGCUAUUUGCUUUCUCGAAGGUGGAUCUAGUUUCCAUGAGGAAACAGAGAGAGAAAGAGGAUCAGAACCACCCGAUUCAGCGGGAUAAGAUCCCUGUGAGGCGUAACCCUGCCGACGCAGCGAAUCAAAUGGGGGCGAACAUAUGGACGGCGUGUCCUUACUGUUAUAAUUUAUACGAGUACCCUAAUAUGUACGCGGGUUGUUGCCUGAGAUGUAGUAAUUGUAAGCGGGCGUUUCAGGCGGUGGCGAUACCACCGGCUUCGUUGCCGCCGACUAUUCCAGGGAAAGAAGCGUACUACUGUUGUAUGGGGUAUUUUCCGAUGGGUUUUGCAGCGAACUCCGAGACAGCUAAGAGCCUCACCAUCCCAAAUUGGAUGCCGCCGAUGUUCCCGACGAAUGCGAAAGCAUGGCCGUCAGCCGAUUCGUUGCCGAACGGCAGCAGAGUGGCGUUGGCAGAACCUGGCGAGAGUUUUGUAUCCCCAACGCCACCAGUUGCACGGUCGAAACCGGUUACAGUUCCACAGAAAAAGCCAACUCCUACCGCCGGAGCUACGGUCCCUAAAAAGAGAGGUAGGCCGAGGAAGAAUCCCCUACCUUAGAAACUUCCAUGGAUUCAAGUAAUUCUAUGACUUCAAAUUUCAGGGGUUUUAUCCCAAAUCAUGAAGGGAAGUCUUGAAAUUUUCUGGGUUUGCUCUCAAAUUGAAGAAAUUACUCCAACCGAAUCAGAAAAAAUUAGGGUUGUCAUCUAGUCUUUUAUGUUAUUGUUGUUCUCUUUCAUGUUUGUCGAUGCAUUUCUAGAGAUUUUCGUAGAACCCUAACUGGCUUUGUAGAUUUUAAAAUGCUAAAUUAUCAUCUAGAAUCUGAUUUGGC